GCGUUGAAUUCAAGUAAAGUGAUGCUUGAAAAAAUAUCACCAUGAACAAGAAAUAUAUUGAAAGCGCUCGUCGCUAUAGCCGAAGCGGAGGAAGCGAGGAAACCUGCAGCGAUCAUGGAGGACUGGGAUACCGCCGGCAACGCCGGCAGUGGUUUUCGGAUGGGAAAACGGAUGUCGGAGAAGGGCGAAGUUGAUUACAAGUCGAAGGCUGGUACGGCAUGGAGCCACUCUUAUCUCAACCAGAAGCCAUGGCAUCCCCUUUCUUACCCUAACCAACGCCGGAAGUGGAUCGCCGAGCAAACUCACGCCAACCGCGAGCAUCGAGCGGAGGAAAUCGCCCGGGAGUUCUCCCAGGAGCAGGAGUUCUUUCGCCAGACCGCGCUGUUUUCUAAUAAAGAAAAGGAGAAGCUGGAAGUAAUGAAGGCAGUGAGUUUCAUGUAUGUUCGUCCACCUGGAUAUAAUGCUGAAAGUGCAAAAGCUGCUGAAAUUGCAGAUGAGAAGAAGAGAUCUGAUGGAAAUAAUGCUGCUCAAGCUCCUACUCCCGGAACAACUAAUUUUUCAAUGAAUGAUUCAAAACCUGAACUGGAAAAGCCUGCUGAGGACAAGAAGUCCAGACCAAGAGAUGUUUUUGGCCGACCAUUACCAACGGAGAAUGAAUUUGAAGUUUUGAAAAAUGCUCCAAGAUUAGAAACUGGUAUGCCGGCGAGGGUGAAGCCUUUUGGAAUUGAGAUUCGUAAUGUAAGAUGUGUGAGAUGUGGGACAUUUGGACACCAGAGUGGCGACCGCGAGUGCCCUUUGAAGGAUGCAAUCAUGCCAAAUGAAGAAAGCAGGUUGAAGAGGGAUGAUCCCUUAACAACUAUAAUGGCACAGACAAGUUCUGCUGAGCCUGUGAAGUGGGAGCUGAAACAGAGGCCUGGAAUGAGCCCGCCUCGUGGUGGCUUUCAACCCGAUGACCCAAACCAGCAGAUUGUUGCAGAUGAAAUAUUUGAUGAAUAUGGAGGAUUCCUCAGUGGCGGUGACAUCCCCCUUCCCCUGCUCUCCAAAUUUUCAACGGGCAAAUCCAAGAAACUUUCCAAGCAUAGAAGCAAACAUAAGCCCAAAUCAUCAAUCUCCCACACCAAAUCUAAGCUUGAAUACGAAAACCAGUCCUCAUCCUCUGACAAAGACUUUGCAAGGGAAACUAAGAGAUCUAAGAAGAUCAAGAAAGACGAACCAUCACAUGCUAUGUUGUCUAGGAAGAAGGAUAGACGGCGGUCAACAAAUAAGUCCGAUUCCGAUACCAGUCAGGAGAAAACAAGUUCCAGAAAGAGGGAAAGAUGUCGAUGGUCCAGAGACGAUCAUGGUGGAAGUUCGUCGGACUCUGAGGUUGAUAGACAGAGAAAGAAGUCGCCCAAUAACAAGCAUGAGAAAAGACAUGGUUUAAGAAGCAAGCAUUACAGAUCACCAGACUCUGAAAUUGAGAUGGAUAAGAGGAGAUCAAGAAGUAAGAGGCAAAAGAAAAUGAAGAGGCGCCAUUCAGUAUCAAGUGAUUCUGAAAACUAUGAUUCAGAUUCUGAGCAUUGUCGAGGAAGAAGGCGAAGGCAUCAUUAAGCAUAGUUGUACAUCUGAUCGGUACGUUUUUAGUUUUCUUUAUUGUGUUUGGGCAGGUUUUUUCUGUGCUCUAAUGGCAGCUUCUUUUAUUGUCAAAUUUGUAAUAAAAUGAUGAAUGAUUUAUGGACAAUGAAAAUGAAGUUAUAGCAUUAUUAUAAUAAGAGAGAGAUUUCAAUGCUAAUUUCCUUA